CUCAGUGAUGUUCCAGCGCAGCGGCUCUGGCAGCACAUUGCAGCGAUGGCCGGAGACAGUGAGGCUCUUCUCAGGGACCGGGAUGAGAACACCAACGUGAUUCGGCAACCUUUUCUCAUCGGUGUCUCCGGUGGCACAGCCAGCGGCAAGUCAUCUGUGUGUGAGAGGAUCAUGGAGAAGCUGGGCCAGAAUGAAAUAGACCACCACCAGCGACAGGUGGCCAUCCUCAGCCAGGACAGCUUCUACAAGGUGCUGACUCCAGAGCAGAAAGCCAAAGCACUAAAGGGCCAGUUCAAUUUUGACCAUCCAGAUGCCUUCGAUAACGAGCUCAUCAUGCAGACGCUCAGACUGAUCCUUCAGGGAAAGACUGUGCAAAUCCCAGUUUACGACUUUGUCACCCAUUCCAGGAAAGAGGACUUUGUUACGGUGUAUCCGGCAGAUGUGGUCCUGUUUGAGGGCAUCCUCAUGUUCUACUCUCAGGAAAUCAGGGAUCUGUUCCAGAUGAAGCUGUUUGUUGACACAGAUCCAGACACGCGGCUCUCGCGUCGAGUUCUGAGGGACAUCAAUGAGCGUGGCAGAGAGCUGGAGCAGGUGCUCAGUCAGUAUAUAACUUUUGUGAAACCGGCCUUUGAGGAGUUCUGUUUGCCGACCAAGAAAUAUGCAGAUUUGAUUAUUCCCAAAGGGGCAGAUAACCUUGUGGCCAUCAACUUGAUAGUCCAGCACAUCCAAGACAUUCUUAACGGUGGACAGACCAAGCGUCAGAACGGCUUUGUGAAUGGACACAGCACGCCCCGGCAGCGGAGAACCUCAGAGUCCAGCAGCCGGCCUCACUGACAUCGCCUCGCCUCUCUUCACAGGGCGGAGAGGGGUGUGGGUGUCCCACUGUAAAUAACGCCACCCUGGCUAUCCUGUAUUUAAGAAGCAAAAGACAGAAGAGUAACGGAAAUGCCUUGCAUCGACUCCCCUUUUGUGAUCGGUUAUAUUUGUUUUUGUUAAAACUUGUUUAAAUUUUUUGUUUAAAGGAUUAAGAAGGGUGCUCUUAUAGAAACCUCGGUUCCAUUUUAAACCAGGUUUUCUCCUCCCUUUUAUUUUUUAUGUGUCCCCUGCUGAAUAAUGGAAUAUUUUGCUGUUGGCAAAUAAAAAAAGCAACGUUUUGUUUUUAAUUUUCUUUUUUUUUUAUCUGGUAAAACUUGAAGCCCUGAUGUUUUGGGGCACCCUGGAAAUGUUUGAAACUCACGGUUUAAAAUUGGCCAAAGGCAGGUUUUCUGUCUGUAUCGACAAUCUUGGUAGUGUGUGUCACCAUAGAUUAGUCAAAAAUCUGUACAGCCCUGAUGCUUAAUUUGUGUAACAUUACAGAUCUGUUUUUUUUCCACCCACCUUAAAUUGUACUAUUUAACAGAAGCAUUGUUACUGCUUAUAGUCAUGUCACACAUCGGAGGCAAACGCUUUAUGAUUAAUCCAGAAAUGGUUCUUUCAUGGAAUUGAAAUAAUUUGUAGCCUGUCUAAACAGGUAUUUUUAAUUUUAAAGCAAGAUUAAUUUCUAAAUUAAUUCCAAAGGUGCUUUUGCUCGCUCAUUCAGCCAAAUCAACUGUGAUGACAUAGACGGACUCAGGGUUAUACAAUUGGCCUGAAAUGCCACAUCAUCAAUGGGUGGUUUGGGAGGGGGGGAUCAACGUCGCAGCAAUAGCAGUCAUUCCGGGUGUGUGGAGAACAGCCACCAUAAUGCCUAGGGGAAGUUGCCUCAGGUUCUCAUGCACAGCAAAUCUCAACACUAGAAACCAACCUCUGCCUAAAAGGGUUUCAAUUAAAAUUUUUUAAUGCCAAGUCCUGUAUUUGUGAUGUACACUUGAAUGAAUGAAUUUUAUUGUAUGGCUGGGAAGUAAGGCUCUGAUUGGUUAGUUGCCUGAUGGUAAAUAAACUGAUGCAGAUGA